GCGAGGAGUGUCAGCACUGGAGAACUGGCUGCCAUCAAGGUCAUCAAACUGGAACCUGGUGAGGACUUUGCGGUGGUGCAGCAGGAGAUCCUGAUGAUGAAGGACUGUAAACACUCCAACAUCGUGGCAUACUACAACAGCUACCUCCGCAGAGACAAGCUGUGGAUCUGUAUGGAGUUCUGUGGAGGAGGAUCACUGCAGGACGUCUACCACAUAACUGGUCCACUGACUGAGUCCCAGAUCGCGUACGUUCUGAGGGAAACACUGCAGGUAACGUCCUGAACCUCCCGAUCAAUACCAACCUAUUCACAGUUACCAUCAAUACCAACCUAUUCACAAUCACGAUCAAUACCAACCUAUUCACAAUCACAAUCAAUACCAACAUGUUGACAAUCACCGAUCAAUACCAGCCUGUUGAAUAUCACGAUCAAUACCAACCUGUUCACAAUCACCGAUCAAUACCAACCUGUUGACAAUCACCGAUCAAUACCAACCUGUUGACAAUCACGAUCAAUACCAACCUGUUCACAAUCACCGAUCAACACCAACCUGCUGACAAUCAUGGAUCAACACCAACCUGCUGACAAUCACCGAU